AUGGCGGAUCCUUUUCAGAUUGGAGGCCUACUGGAUGUCUUAGGUAGCACUCCACAGUUAGUACCUAUAAGAUCUGUUUACCCUGCCGGAGUACCUAUAAGAUCUGUUUACCCUGCCGGAGUACCUAUAAGAUCUGUUUACCCUGCCGGAGUACCUAUAAGAUCUGUUUACCCUACCGGAGCACCUAUAAGAUAUGUUUACACUGCCGGAGUACCUAUAAGAUCUGUUUACCCUGCCGGAGCACCUAUAAGAUAUGUUUACACUGCCGGAGUACCUAUAAGAUCUGUUUACCCUGCCGGAGUACCUAUAAGAUCUGUUUACCCUGCCGGAGUACCUAUAAGAUCUGUUUACCCUGCCGGAGUACCUAUAAGAUCUGUUUACCCUGCCGGAGUACCUAUACGAUCUGUUUACCCUGCCGGAGUACCUAUAAGAUCUGUUUACCCUGCCGGAGUACCUAUAAGAUCUGUUUACCCUGCCGGAGUACCUAUAAGAUCUGUUUACCCUGCCGGAGUACCUAUAAGAUCUGUUUACCCUGCCGGAGUACCUAUAAGAUCUGUUUACCCUGCCGGAGUACCUAUAAGAUAUGUUUACCCUACCGGAGCACCUAUAAGAUAUGUUUACACUGCCGGAGCACCUAUAAGAUCUGUUUACCCUACCGGAGCACCUAUAAGAUAUGUUUACACUGCCGGAGUACCUAUAAGAUCUGUUUACCCUGCCGGAGUACCUAUAAGAUCUGUUUGCUCUGCCGGAGUACCUAUAAGAUCUGUUUACCCUGCCGGAGUACCUAUAAGAUCUGUUUACCCUGCCGGAGUACCUAUAAGAUCUGUUUACCCUGCCGGAGUACCUAUAAGAUCUGUUUACCCUGCCGGAGUACCUAUAAGAUCUGUUUACCCUGCCGGAGUACCUAUAAGAUCUGUUUACCCUGCCGGAGUACCUAUAAGAUCUGUUUACCCUGCCGGAGUACCUAUAAGAUCUGUUUACCCUGCCGGAGUACCUAUAAGAUCUGUUUACCCUGCCGGAGUACCUAUAAGAUCUGUUUACCCUGCCGGAGUACCUAUAAGAUCUGUUUACCCUGCCGGAGUACCUAUAAGAUCUGUUUACCCUGCCGGAGUACCUAUAAGAUCUGUUUACCCUGCCGGAGUACCUUUAAGAUCUGUUUACCCUGCCGGAGUACCUAUAAGAUCUGUUUACCCUGCCGGAGUACCUAUAAGAUCUGUUUAA